ACUGCUCUUUUUCUACUCCUACUGCCACACCACUCACAAACGUAGUGGCCUCUCUCUCUUCUUUCUCUCUCUCUCUCUCUCUCCAAGAUGAAGAAAAAUCCUUUCUUUUUCUCUGUAAUUCUGUUCUUCUCCCUCUUCAUCGCCGGUAAACCUGACCUGAGCGCCGACAGGUUAGCCAUCCUUGCUAUCCGCUCAGCCGUCGGCGGCAGAUCCAUCCUAUGGAACAUCUCCCAACCUUCCACCCCUUGCACAUGGCCCGGUGUCUUCUGCGACAACAAAACCAACCGUGUCGUCGAACUUCACUUCCCCGGAAUGGGUCUCUCCGGCCAACUCCCCGACAACACCCUCGGCAAUUUGACCCAACUCAACACUCUCAGUCUCCGUUACAACGCCCUCUCCGGUCCACUCCCCACAGACAUCUUCUCACUCGUUAACCUCCGGAAUCUAUACCUCCAAGAUAAUCUGUUUUCAGGCCCGAUUCCGGAUUCGUUUUCCCCUCUUGUGAAUCUUGUUAGGGUUAGCUUCGCAAACAACAAAUUCUCCGGUACUAUUCCGAAUUCGAUUAAUAAUUUGACCCGUUUAGCCACAUUGUAUUUGGAGAACAAUGCGUUAACAGGUUCAAUUCCGGACCUAAACCGAACUAAUAUCGCUCUUUUCAAUGUCUCCAACAACCAAUUAACCGGAGAAAUCCCAUCAAAGUUCUCGGUUUUCCCAGAUUCCGCGUUUUCCGGUAACUCCCUCUGCGGAGGUCCGCUUGCAAGCUGUAACGGGUCAGAGUCCGAGCCGGGCGCAGUGCCAUCCAAAUCCAAAUCCAAUAAGCUCUCCGGCGGCGCCAUUGCCGGAAUUGUGAUAGGAUCCGUACUGGCUCUGUUACUAAUUCUUAUAAUUUUGUUCUUUUUGUGUUGUAAGAAGAGAAAUCAAAAGGAGGAGACAAGGCCAAAGGAUCUGGUCGAAGCAAAGCAAGUAGAAGUUGAGAUGCCCCGUGAGAAAUCCACUGAGAAUGUUGCCAGUUACCCAUCGUUAACGGCGGCGGUUGGUGGUGCAGGAGGUGCUGCGAAGGGGAAAUCCGGUGAGGUUGCUGCUAAAAAGCUAGUGUUCUUCAAGAAGAACAAGGAGUUAGGUAAGUUCGAUUUGGAGGAUUUACUGAGAGCAUCCGCUGAAGUUUUAGGGAAAGGGACAUUCGGCACGGCCUACAAGGCGGUGCUGGAGAUGGGAUUUGCGGUGGCCGUGAAAAGGUUGAAGGAUGUAACAAUGGCGGAUAAGGAAUUCAGAGAGAAAAUCGAAGGUGUAGGAGCAAUGGAUCAUGAGAAUUUAGUUCCUUUAAGAGCAUACUAUUGCAAUGGCGAAGAAAAGCUUCUUGUCUACGAUUACAUGCCUAUGGGAAGCUUAUCUGCUCUCUUACAUGGUAACCGAGGAGCUGGUCGAACACCAUUGAACUGGGAAACCCGAUCCGCGAUCGCACUCGGAGCGGCCCGUGGAAUCACCUACUUACACGCGCAAGGCCCAACCGUAUCUCACGGAAACAUAAAAUCAUCAAACAUUCUUUUAACAACAACCUAUGAAUCCCGUGUCUCCGAUUUCGGGCUCGCUCAGCUCGUGGGCCCCAUCUCAACCCCAACCCGUAUAGACGGCUAUCGUGCACCGGAGGUUACAGAUAUCCGGAAGAUUUCCCAAAAAGCUGACGUGUAUAGUUUUGGUGUUUUACUAUUGGAGCUUUUAACGGGUAAAGCCCCGACCCAUGCGUUAUUGAAUGAAGAAGGGGUUGAUCUUCCAAGGUGGGUCCAAUCUGUGGUUCGUGAAGAAUGGACUUCAGAAGUGUUUGAUCUUGAGCUUCUUAGGUAUCAAAAUGUGGAAGAUGAUAUGGUUCAAUUGUUGCAAUUGGCUAUUGAAUGUUGUGCACAAUAUCCUGAUAAGAGGCCUUUGAUGGGUGAUGUGAUGAGUCAAAUUGAGGAGCUUUGUAGGUCGAAUGGGGUGCAAGAGAGGGAAGGGAAUUUAUCGAGUGAUAUCGUGAGGACACAAAUGAAAUAUCUUUUUUAUUCGAACGAGAAUGACUGA